CUGGCCCGUACGGGCAGGGGUACCUUUACCUUUUUACCUUUCAGCCAAAAAGGCUCCCAGAAUGGCAUAUGUACAAUAAAUUGAAACUAAAGAGUCCCUGUGCACAAAGUUAGAACUUAAAAAACACAGCAUACAAGUGAAAAGGGACAGGGAUGGGAGAGAGGGAGAGUGAUCUUGUAUUUUGCCACUGGAGUUCUGGCUGGAGAGAGGCCCAAAUGGGGAAUGCUGGGGGCAGCCUUGGAGCUGCCAGAUCCAAAGCUUCAUUGUUUCCCAAUAUUGUGUUCUAUUCUGAUCCUGGAUCCCACAGUACCUAACUGGAGGUAAAGCAAGGCAAGGCUGGUCAGAAGUUGCAGAAGUUUUAUAAAUAAAUAAAAAGUAGUCAUGGCCAUUAAUUUCAGUGGGUCUGCUCUGAGUAGGACUGGGAUUGGAUACAACCCUUAAACUGGGGGAGAGGCCACCCCCCCAUUAAAGUGGCAAGAAUAGAAGCAGCUGCUAACAGCAUCUCCAUGAAGAGGAGUUGCAGCAGCAGAGGCAGGGAUAAUAUGAAGGCAGGGGACAUAAAGUGUGGUUUACCCCAGGCCCUGAGCCUUCAUAGUUCAGGAGUCCAUGAAUGAUUACCUUCCUUUAUACUUAAAAAGUAAGGCUGUCAUAAUUCAGCCCCCAUUGGAGGAUUUGUAGUGCAGCAUCAGAAUCCUGAAUUUGCAUGAAGUUAGAGUGCAUUCCCCAUUGGAGGAUUUGCCUCAUCACAAUCCUGGAUUUGCAGGGUGCACAGCAGGGGAGCAAAAGAGAAGACAGAAUUCAAACUGGUUUUGAACAAUAGAGUACAGAUUUGAAUAAAGAAAACAGAGGGGGGAAGUGGUGAUUUGAAACAACAGCAGAUAUUUGAGUAGAAAGUUUUGCUGCUCUUAUAUGCUCGCAAGCAGAAGUACCCGCUGGGCAGGUGCGGGUGGAAAGGGAGCUAAGAAAGGGAACGGAAGGACGUAUUUGAGAGAAGAAAAACUUGACCAAAUAUCCUCGCUUUAAAAUAUCAAGCGUGCAGUACGCGCAAGAAGCAACGCUGGCAUGGACUACGAGGCAUCAUGAGAGAACAAAAAGUGGAUCAGAUUUUUGGGGGACUGCUCUUCUUGGCCCAGCUUCUGUGGCAUGCUGGUGGUGUGAUCAGAUGUGACAAAGGUGGCUACAUGAUCAAUGUAAUGCUCAUGAAUGACUCUAUGCUUCCAGUGAGUGCAGGAGAAAUAGAACCAGCUGUGGAAUGGGGCAUGGAACUGGUGAAAGAUGACCUGAAAGCAAACAGCGUGAAUGUGAAUGUCAGUGCCGCAUUUGAUGGCAUCGACACGUCGCUGUACGUCUCCAAUGGUUGCCGCACCAGCACAUGUGAAGGUGUGGAAUUCAUCAAGCAGAUCUAUGCUGAUAAAAAACUUGGGUGUACUAUUCUAGGCCCAACGUGCACCUUUGCCACAUUUCAGAUGGUCUCAUUAGAGACGGAGUUGGUCCCACCCCUGAUCUCUGCAGGGAGUUUCGGGUUGACUUGUGAUUACCAAGAAAAGUUAACAAGGCUGUUGACUCCAGCCAGGAAGGUGAACUACUUCUUGGUUGAUUUCUGGAAGAAUUCCACGUUGCCAUUCAAAAGUGUCACAUGGGAAACUACUUACAUCUAUAAGGAAGACAAUGACACUGAAGAUUGCUUCUGGUAUAUGAAUGCUAUGGAAGCUUCAGUGACCUACUUCUCUAUAAACAUGAAAUUCCGGGAGAUCCUCAGGAGCUCAAUAGAACUACAAAGGAUUGUGAAUAAUCCAAAAAGAAAAAGUAAUGUGAUCAUCACAUGUAGGUCUCCAGGUGACCUUAAAAGACUCCUAGGAAAAGCAGAGGUGGAUGAGGACAUAGUUAUCAUCCUGAUAGAUCUUCACAGCAAUGUGUACUAUGAAGAUGCUCCCUCAUACAGUUACAUGAAGAAUGUCCUUGUCCUGACUCUGGAACCAUCAAACUUCACUGCAGUUUCAAACAGUAGUGGGAUUCCUUGGACUCCAGAUGCAACGCCUUGGAUGAAAAAUGACUUUGCUGUUGCCUACUUGGAUGCUGUCUUGCUCUUCGGACAUGCCUUGAAAAAACUUUCUCUUGCAAGCCAUUUAAUUACUCCCACUAGCUUCAACAGCCAGUUUCGGAAUGUUACUUUUAAAGGUAUUCUUGGUCCUGUAGUCCUGGAUAAAUUUGGGGAUGUUGAUGUCAAUCUCACCCUUAUGUACACGACAAAUAAUUUAGAAUACAAGGCCCUCCUACGGUUUGACACUCAUCUGAAUGAGACAGUACCAAAGACGGACAAACCAUCAUUCAUCUGGAAAAAAAACACCCUGCCUAGUGAUAUUCCUGGCACUGGGCCGCACAUUCUGACAAUAGCUGUUUUCACACUUGCUGGGGUUGUGGUGGUAGUUCUGAUCAUCGCUCUGCUGCUCCUGAGGAAAUAUAGAAGAGCCAUUGAACUCCAGAAAAAAUGGUCCCACAUCCCAUCUGACAAGAUUGUUCCUCUGGAGACUAACGAGACAAGUCAUGUUAGUCUGAAGAUUGAUGACGACACAAGGCGUGACACUAGCCAGAGACUGCGUCAAGGCAAAUAUGACAAGAAGGUGAUAAUCCUGAAGGAUUUAAAGCACAAUGAUGGGAAUUUUACAGAGAAACAGAGAAUAGACCUAAACAAGCUCCUUCAGAUUGACUAUUACAAUCUGACUAAGUUCUAUGGAACUGUCAAGAUGGACACGAUGAUCUAUGGAGUGAUUGAAUACUGCGAGAGAGGAUCAUUGCGGGAUGUCUUGAAUGAUAAAAUCUCCUACCCAGAUGGCACCUUCAUGGACUGGGAAUUUAAGAUUUCUGUCAUGUAUGAUAUUGCAAAAGGAAUGUCCUACCUGCAUUCCAGCAAAACAGAGCUUCAUGGCCGCCUGAAAUCUACAAACUGUGUUGUGGAUAGCCGCAUGGUUGUGAAGAUAACCGAUUAUGGCUGCAAUUCUAUUCUUCCGCCAAAAAAAGAUCUCUGGACUGCUCCUGAACACCUCCGCCAUGGUGACAUAUCUCAGAAAGGCGAUGUGUACAGCUUUGGAAUUAUAGCACAAGAGAUCAUACUGCGUAAGGAGACCUUCUACACUGACAAUUGUCGGGAUCAUAAAGAGAAACUUUGCAGAGUAGAAAGCAAUAAAGGAGCAAGACCUUUCCGGCCGGAUCUUCUAUUGCAUUCAGAGGGAGAGAAAAAGCAAGAGGUAUAUCUGCUCGUGGAAAGCUGCUGGGAGGAAGACCCAGAGAAGAGACCAGAUUUUAAGAAAAUUGAGACUACCUUGGCUAAGAUAUUUAGCAAUUACCACAGCCAAACCAAUGAAAGCUACAUGGACACCUUAAUCCGACGCCUGCAGCUGUAUUCACGGAACCUGGAGCACCUGGUGGAAGAGAGAACUGAGCUGUACAAAGCAGAGCGAGACAGAGCUGACAGGCUUAACUUCAUGCUUCUUCCAGGGCCUGUGGUAAAGUCACUGAAGGAAACUGGACGGGUAGAGCCAGAACUGUUUAAAGAAGUCACCAUCUACUUCAGUGACAUUGUAGGCUUCACAACCCUUUGUAAAUACAGCACCCCUAUGGAAGUGGUGGACAUGCUCAAUGACAUCUACAAGAACUUUGAUCAAAUUCUUGACCCUCAUGAUGUCUAUAAGGUAGAGACCAUUGGGGAUGCAUAUAUGGUAGUAAGCGGUUUACCAAAGAGAAAUGGCAACCGUCACGCAGUGGACAUUUCCAUGAUGGCAUUAGAUAUACUCAGCUUCAUGGGCUCCUUUGAACUCGGACAUCUUCCAGGUCUUCCUGUAUGGAUUCGAAUAGGAAUUCACUCUGGUCCAUGUGCAGCUGGUGUGGUUGGGAUUAAGAUGCCUCGUUACUGCUUGUUUGGAGAUACUGUGAACACAGCUUCAAGAAUGGAAUCUACAGGAUUACCUCUACGGAUUCAUGUAAGUGGUUCCACUAUUGCUAUUCUCAAGAGAACAGACUGCCAAUUCCAAUAUGAAGAGCGAGGAGAGACAUAUUUGAAGGGCAAAGGAACUGAGAUCACUUACUGGCUGACAGGAGUGAAAGACCAGAAAUACAAUCUUCCAACACCUCCUUCUGUGGAGAAUCAGCAGCGUUUGCAAGCUGACUUUGCUGAGAUGAUAACCAAUUGUCUUCUGAAAAAGCAAACAGAAGAAUUUCAGGUGCGAGAGAUUACACGUGUGCCUAGUUGUCGCAAAGGCACUCUGGAAUACCUGCAGUUGGCUACAGAAAAAACCAGUACCUACCUGUAAAACUGGAUAAACAGCACGACCCAAGAAUCCCUGAAAGUUAGAUGUAAAUAAUAUAAGACAAAUUUUACACAACCUACAUAUUUGCAGUAUUGUAUGGGUGGAUUGAGGACAGAAAUGAUCCUACCUUUGUGAGUCCUCUGUAGUUAAUAUUCUGAGGGAAGAACAUUCUUUCUACUACAUUGGCAAAACUGCAAAUGACUCAAUGCAAGAUGCUUCUUGAUGGAUUGGAAGCUUUACUGAUAUACUGCUUCCUAAAAUUGAGGAGGAAGGAAACAGGGCAGCUCCCCCGAGGGCACCUCCCUUCACAUCCAGUCUGGUGCUUGUGGGCUAAAGUAGCAGUGAAGGAAGACAGCAAAGCAGGCACCUGCACAAUGCAGAUACAAUUUUGCACUAUGAUAAAGGUACAGUGGAUGUCAGAGGGCAGUCCCAUUCUUGCUAUAGCCUGCAUUGUCAUGGAUACAGCUGGAGUGAGGUCUGGUGCAAUUUAGAAGUAUGGGAAGACUGCAUCCAUCAAAUAUUUUGUAAGCCACUUUGAGAAUUGGGGGAAGUGUUUUACAUAAAAUAAGCAAGCAGUACAUGCACUGUAUAAAACUGACUAUGGGUCACAUUCUAGCCAGUGUAAAGUUUUAUAGUCACGUUAGACUUCAAUUAGAGACCCAUUUGAGCCGCAGUCCAUGGGUAUAAAUAUGCUAAGCCAGAAAAAAUGACAUUUUGGAUAGCGUACCUGAAUAUAUUUGGCAGUAACCCUCAAUAUCAUGGGCAAAGGCUGCAAUGGAACAAAUAACUGAAAGCAGAAAGCAGUUAAAUUGAACAAACUCCAUAGCUGUAUCAUAUAGUGUGAUGAACAUUUUUUUCAUUUGUAUUUGUCAGCUGUAAAUCAUAAACUGAAGCUACAAUGUAACAGCUCAUCUAUUUCUCCUUGACAAUAACUUGUAAUUUAGAGAAGUGUGAAACAAGAAAAGUUGCUUUGUUGUGAAAUAAAGUACACCUAUAGCUGAAAAA